CCCAUCGCGGCCGUUUUCUCCUUCUAUGAGUCUAAUUUUCGUAUGGCCACUCCGCAAGAUCUGACGACGACGGUGAGUGGGAGGCGAUGUACGCGCACGAGGGUGAGGACGGCGGCAUCGUCCACCGUCAUUUCCUCAGCGCCGCCUCCCGCACCGUCUUCAACUUCUCUACUCACUACUUCUUCCAUCGAAACUACUACUUCUACUACCUCCCAAGCUGUCCAGCAGAUAGAAACAAGCGCUUCCGUUGCUCAACAGCCGCCUCCACCGCCUCCCUCUCCUUCCCCGGCCUCCACCUCCUCCUCCAUUACGACGGUAUCGACUCCAGUACAGCCUGCGCAACAAGCGCCCGAAACCCAGGCAGCUUCCUCGACACUAGCAGUCGCAGCAUCCUCCACUUCUUCGUUACCUGGUCCAGAACCACUGACGACGCCGCCCGCGCAAACAGUGCCUGUUCAAUCAUCUGUUCAGUCGUCAUCCAUCCCUGCGAUCCCAGAUUCAACGACAGCAACUCCAGGCGGAGAGUCGUCUGAUCCCUCGGUGCCUGAAGAACCGGAGUCUCCACAGCCAACAGAUACAGGUAUAUCAACGGGGGGCUCGGCAGGAACCAUUACACCAGGUGGCCGAGGGCAAGGGACUACCCCGGAGGAACAAGGGCUUACUCUACCCAGCGACAGCCAGACUAAUGUGGCUGAAAUAGCUGGUGGUGUGGUGGGAGGUGUCGUCGGGCUCGCGCUCAUUAGUCUACUACUGUUCCUUUGUCUAAGACGCCGAAAGACAGGAAGAAACGGAAAACUGCAGCAGCGAAUCAGCGAGAAGAAUGGAGGCGAGGAGAGCGUGCUCGCAAAAACUGCCGAGAAGUUCAAGGCGAUACCUGCAAACAUCGGCGUUGUUUUGGCCAGGAUCAAGGGAAAGAAAACGGGGCCGGCUUCAAAUCCCUACCGGAGGCACAGUGUUCGCAGCAGUGUCAGUUCUGUAUACUCGGUCCAAAACCAUGGUCGCAACAUGUCAAUCACCGACUCGCCCUCAGGGCUACAAAAACAACUACGUGCCUUUGGCGAUCGCAUGCCCAGCUUGAAGCGGUCAAGAACGUUACUCCACAAGAAGCAAGAUAGCCUUGUGGUGGGUAACAAGUCGCCAUUCCUAGGCAUAGUUGAGGACCCCGUGCUGCGUAACAGCAAAAAGGCCGAUGAAGAGUACGAUACGUCAACGGAACAGCCUAAGAACUUGUUCAUCGUGAACCCCGAUCGACAGACGCGCGAUGAAUUUGGGAAAGGGUUGCAAAACCAACAACGUGGGCCGCUCACACCAGCACCGGCUGCUACUUCCGAACGUGGUUCGAAAGACCCAUUUGCAUCGAUUCUCGAUGAGCUGGAGGAACGCAACGGAAGCGGAACGCCCGAAUGGCUUCGCGACAAUGUUCAAAAACACAAACGAGCGACAAGCACACAGACUGCACUUCGAUCCCAUCCCCCGUCAGCUUAUACUGCUUCUACGUACUCGACUGCGGAAAAUCCCUUCUUCGACCCAUCUGAUGCUCCACCUGUUCCCAGCCAACCACUGCCUCCCAAUCCUCCAAUCCGCCCCACAAAUGCAUACGCGCCUCUCCCUGCAUUCAAUGCCACAUCCAGCACUAUCUCCCGGGAGUCAGAUAUGUCAUUUAUGUUUGAGGAUCCUGUACCUAGCCGACCUGGUACCAAUAUGUAUGGUUCCAAAGUGCGACAAUCAGACCCCUUUGACCUAGAUCGACCCGAGGUGCUUAGCUUCGGGACUGUUGGCGGACGAACAAUACGAGCCAGCACUGUUACGAGGCAGAACUCAAGAAGGCGAGGGAGCAGCGUUCCGAACUGGGUGAACGUCAAAGACGGACCUUAUCACGCUCAAACCAAACCUUGA